AAGCGUUAACCGUAACAGCCAGGUCAGCAUCGACAGCAGUUAGGUGUUGAGAAGUCCUGUUCCUGUCGGACCCGCUGUGUCGCAAUUAAAAAGCCGAAGAGUCUACCACGAAUAUGCUUUCUUCUUCUCUUUCAUUUAUUCCUUUCUUCCUUCAUUAGAUCCUAAGUAUCUCUGCUUUACUCUUUUGAGUCAUCCGAUCAUGGAGUUUUUCCUGGAGAUGCUUCUCACGGCGGUUGUGGCUGUUCUGUUUUCUUUCCUCGUGGCCAAGCUCGUGUCUGUGUCUAUGGUUGGGAACAGCGGUGGAGUAGUAAACGAUCAGGCGGAGGAAACCGAGAUCGGCGUUGUUGCCGUGGAGGAGGAGCUUUGUUCUGGUUUGAAAGUGGAUGCUCCGGUGGUGCAGAGCGAGAGGAGACUCGGAGCUGUUGUUGUUGAUGAGAAUGUGGAGCGUGUUGAUCGGUUUGGAAGCGAAGCUGAUCGAGUUGUUGAUGAGGUCAAGGAAGGGACUAAAGGGGAAGACUGGGUGGUUACAUCUGAUGAGUCAUCGGCGGCUGGCUCGCCGGAAAAUGUGAUAGCAGAGGAGAUGAUGGUUUGUGGAGAAGAUAAACAGAGAGACUCGGCGGAAGAGCUUAUUCUUCGGACGGUGGGAGCUGAGUCCACUGCUUCUGUCUCGUUGGAAAACGUGAGAGCAGAGGAGAUAAUGAUUGGUGGAGAAGAGGUGAGAAGUGAAGAAGACGUAAUAAGUGAAGAAGUCGUAGUCACAGAAUCUGUGGAGGUUAGUGUUGAAGAAAGUAAUACGGUGGAGGAGACUGAGCACAAGAUGGAGUUGAAUACUGAAGAAGGAGAACAGAAUGAAGAGAAAGAGGAGUUGAGCAUUGUAGAAGAUGAUGAUGAUUGGGAGGGAAUUGAGAGGAGUGAACUGGAGAAAGCCUUUGCGGCUACUUCAAGUCUUUUGGAAGUAUCCGGGAAAGCAGAAGAAGUUGGUGACGAGGUUAAGAUGGAGUUGUACGGUUUGUACAAGAUCGCCACUGAAGGGUCAUGCCGAGAGACGCAGCCUAUGGCCAUCAUGGUCUCUGCUCGUGCUAAAUGGAAUGCCUGGCAAAAACUUGGAAACAUGAGUCAAGAGGAGGCAAUGGAGAAGUAUCUUGCACUUGUUUCAAAAGAGAUUCCUGGACUGAUGAAUACUGUAGGGAAGAUACCGGUCUUACCUCCUAAUUCAGGAUCAUUAGAAGAUCCGACCACCUUAGGCACAACUGGUGUUGCUUUCAGCAAAAAUGGUAAAACUAAUUAGUAAAUAAUGUAUUUGCGUCAGCGAUUUAUUGUAUCUUUCUUUCCAACAUCUAGUUAUCUAAUCCUUUUUCUAGCUUCAAGAUAACUUAGUAUAAGAAAUAGUUUCAGCUGAAAGGUGAAUCCAUUGUUUAAGCAGGCAAGGAUUGAAGAAGGCUCUUUGGGAAUACAAAGGCAAUCUAUUCUUGCAUAAAAAAAUGGGACCUAAAAAAAUCUAUGUUUCUCAAAGAUAAUCAUAAAUGCUGUAAAUAGACCAUUUGAUGCAACUUGGUUUGGCUAGUGUUCUAAAUAAUUCGUUAUCAUCAUCACCCAUUGUUCUAAUAGGAGUUGCAGCAAACAAAAACAUUUUAAAAAAAAAUCUAUUCGUGUUUGUGUGAA